AGAUCUGCAUUUGUUAAUGUGGCUGGUUCUGCGCGCUUUGACAGAGUUCGCUUCUCACUAUGCCGCCUACUCGAGUCGCUAUACAAACCCCCAAGUUCCAGAUUGAAGAUACCCACGUGGGCAAAAGGGACUCCCAGAAAACCCCCUACACCAGCCCAACCCAUAUUAUCCAGCAGCAGGAUCCUUGGAACCGGCUCUAUGCAACUACCACAGUUGCCAGUAUCAGGCGGGAUGUAUAUUUCUAUGACCCAGAGAUCCCCUUGGAUGACUUGGAUUUCCGAAUAACAUCCUUGUACAAUCAUCAUACUGGAUUGUUUCAGGACAAGGCACAGGCACUAAUCCAUCAGGAGACCAUUAAGGAUACCCAUGGAUCUGUCAAACUCCAGUACCCAGACGAGAUACUGCCUCCUCCUCCCCUACCUCCCAUUACUACUCGAGCAAUGAUGAGACACUGGGUCAGCCCCAAGAAGGACUCAAUCCACAGUGUCCAAGGGACCAUAGUAGCCCCUCACAACGCAGCCACCAAUGGCGGCUAUUCCCGAAAGAACGAUGGCGGCUUCUUCUCCACUUAGGCUUACCAUUGCCCACAUGAGUAACUCAAGCAGAGGCUCUGCCACUUGCUAGCCCUUCCCUCUGCCCCUCGCCUCCAUUAAAUAAAUUUGUGUUCAGAUGAA